AUGGUGGUCCCCCACACCCUCAGCGUGACCCCCGCCGUCCGCGCCGCCGCCACCACGACCCUGGGGGCGAUACUGCUGCAGCCAGACGUGCAGGCGGCGCUCGCGACGACGCCAGCCCUGGCGGCGACCAGCGACGAGUGGUGGGAUGCCGUCACCGACGGCUUGGCUGACUCAACCGCUGACGUCAUCCUGGCCGCGCUGGCCGCGACCAACAAGCUCUUCGACGCGGCCGGCGCGGCGACGCGCGGCGCGCUCGCCAUGCGCGCGAGUGCUCGGCGCACGGCGCUGCGCGUGUGCCUGGUCAUGGGGCCGCUGAUGGACACGUGGCGAAUGCUGUCGUCGCAUGCGCAGGUGUCCGUCGUGUCACUCCUCGGCCACGUCGCGGCGGCGGUGACGCAGCCAGACUCCCACGGUCAGCCCGGCCCCGGCAGCGGCGGUGGCGGGGAUGAUGCCGCGGGCCUGGGCGGCAGCCUGGGCGCGGCGCUGGCGGGGGCGGUGGCGUACCUGGCCGGGGCCCUGCAGAGCCUCAACCCCGCGGUCAAGCUGGAGGCGGGGCGCGUGCUGCUGAGGAUGUCGAGGGCGGCCCGCGGCCUGCCGCCGCUCGCGCCCGUCCGCCUCGCCGGCUCCGUGCCGCCCGCGGUGGCGGCGUCGGCCAUCUCUGCGCUGCUUGAGUUGAAGGAGCGGCUGCUGGUGGAGGCGGCGCUGGCUGAGGUCAUCAGCCUGGUGGCCGGCCACCUGGACGUGCUGCCGGUCGAGGCGCGCGUGGACGUGCUGCGGCGCCUGUGGCCGAUGAUCUCGCUGCUGCAGAGCCCGACAGACCGCACGGCCGCGUUCGUCGCGGCCUGGCGCACCGCGCUGGGCAUGCACCUGCAGGCAGCCGAGGCAGCGGCCAAAGGCGCGCGCGCGCGCAACGCGUGGCCUGAGGGCACGCUGCUGACGUCAGUGCUGGCUGACCCCUACAUCCAAGACAUCAUCAACCCCAAAGCUCAGGCGCAGCCGCAGCCCCCGCUGCAGGCCCCGGCCCCCGCCCUCGGCGCGCCGCAACCAGGCUCCCAGCCCAGCGGCGCGGCGGGCGAAGGGCCGCCCGGCGGGGCUGCCGCCGGGCCGACGGGUGGCAGCGGCUUCAGCCCGGCGGCGGCGGGGCCGACGGGGGCGAGCGUGGCGAGCACAAGCACGGCGGCCGGCAACACGGGGGGCCCCGGCGCGGGCUGGACCGCCGGCUCGCCGCGCGCGUCGGACGGCGGCGGCCCCACGAGCCCCACCGGAUCCGCACUGACAGAUACCCAGCAGCGCCUCUCCAGCGGCGCCCGCGCGGUCGGCGACACGCUAUCAGGCGCCGCCGUCAGCGCCGCAGACCUCGUGAGAAGCGCGGGCCUCGCGCUGCCCCGCCUGUUCGACGGCCCCGCCGCGCCCGCGGGCGCGCGGCCGCCGGCGUCGCUCAAGCACGAGCUCGUGUGCGCGCUGCUCGGCGUGCUCGCGCGGCACCCAUCAGUCACGCUGGCGCUCCAGCUGCCGCCUGGGGAGCCCGUCGAGCCGCCGCUGGCGCCGGAAGACGGAGAGGCAGACCAAGACCCCGCCGCCGCCGCCGCCGCGGCCAACGGUGCAGAACCCGCGGCCGCGGCGGCGCCCGUUAGGGUAGAGCAGCCACUGCACCCCAACGCGGCGGCGCACGGCGAGCUGCAGGAGCGGGCCGUUCUGUGGCUGGACGCGGCGGUGGCGGCGCUCGGCGCGACGGCGGGCUGCCUCCGCUGGGAGCCGGCCCUCGCGCCGCCGCUGCCGGGGCAGCCGCCGGCGCCGCGGCUGCCCGCGGUGGAGGCUGUGAACCUCACGACGGUGCCGGUGGACGUGUGGCUGCAGCUGCUGCAGGCGACGUGCGCGGCGGCGCGCGCGGUGCUGCGCGCGCACGGGCACGGCGGGCUCAAGUCGGUGUACCGAGCUAAUGGGGGCCGCAUGCUAUCAAGGCUGGCGGAGUUUGACGUCGGCGGCGCGCUGGCGCGGGCGCUGGAGGGCGCGAGCAUCUCCCUGCAGGCCAUGAUCCAGCGGGCCCUGACCGGCUGGCGCGGCCUGUCGCUCGCGGCCCGGCCGCGCGUUCUGUGGGUCGCGGCGCACUACUUAGAACUGCCGGCCAUGCUGGAUGACACCUGGGCCUGCCUGCUGGGCUGCGUGGAGGACACACUGCUGCGCGUGUGGCGCAUGGAGGGCGACGCGCACGCGCGGCUGCUGGCGGCGGGCGCGCGGGAGGGGCUGCUGUUCAAGAAGGUGGCCAUCACGCAGCUGGGCGCGUCACAGGGCAGGGGCUCGCAGGCGCUGUUUGACGCGGCGGCUGCGUCAGCGCUGGUGGAGCUGCCAGAGUAUCGUGCGGACGGCCUGCAGGUGUGGGGGGUUGCAGUUUAG